AUGAGUUAUUUAGAAUCUAAGAAUUCUUAUCUUAAAUCAAAGAAAUUAAAUGAAUGGCUUGAAACUGGUGGGGUUAAAGGUCUAAGUGUGCUACAACUAGAAGAUUUCUCCAAUACAGGAUAUGGUGUUAAAAUGCUGCAGCUCUUUAAUUCGCAUAAUGUAAUCCUUACAGUGCCAAAAUCACUUCUCUGGAUGGCAGAUGUGGCAUUUAGUAACUUAGUCAUUGGGACUGUCAUAUGUACCAUAGAACCACCAUUAUCAGAUGAUGAUAUACUUGCAGUGUUUCUUCUUUACAUCAAGUCAUGUGAAAUGUUGAAACAACAAAUUAGAGAUGAUUAUCUUCAACUUCUUAACAAUUUAAUUACCAAGCAUCCAGAUCUAUUCCCUUUAGAAAGAUUUACACAAGAUGAUAUCAUUUAA